AAGCAGUUGCAACAAUAAAGGAGUAGUAGUUAUGAUUUCUAUCCCUUUUUGGAGGAAUUCCUCAAUAUUCCCCGAAUGGCCGAAUCUACCUUAGGGUUUCAUAGUCUCACUGCGAGGUAGAGAAGGUUAUUACAAUGGCUUUCCUAAGUAAAGUUGGGAAUAUGCUUAGACAGAGAGCGAGCAAGCAGAUCCGCUCUGAAUUUUGUGCUUUGAAACCGUCAGUCUAUCAAGCUAUACGAUGUUUGUCGUCCAUGUCAAGUUCUAAACUUCUUAUUGGAGGUCUUUCAAAUGCCACAGAUGAGCAAAGUCUUAAGGAAACUUUUGCAAAAUAUGGUGAAGUUGUUGAAGCAAGAUUCAUUAUGGAUCGUGAGAUUGGUAGAUCCAGAGGAUUUGGCUUUGUUACAUACACUUACAGUGAAGAGACUUCCAGUGCUAUCCAGGCAUUGGAUGGACAGGAUCUUCAUGGUUGUCGUGUAAGGGUGAAUUAUGCUACUGAUAGGGCUCGCCCCAGCUUUGGAGGUGGCAAUUAUGGCGGCGACUAUGGUUCCAAUGCAUAUGGUGGUGGUGGCGGCGGCGGAGACUAUGGUAACAGUGCUUAUGGUGGUGGUGGAGGAUAUGAUGCUGGUGGUAGUGGAUAUGGCUCAGGUGGGUAUGGUUCUGGUGGGAAUUAUCAAGGUGGUGGUGGUGGUAAAUACGGUAGUGACGGCUAUGCAGGUGGUGCUGCUGGUAGUGGCUUUGGUGGAAGUGGUGGCUAUAGCGGUGAUGGUAAUUAUGCAGGUGGAAACACUUACGAAGGUGUGAACAGUGGAGGCUAUGGCAGUACUGCUGGAAAUUACGGUGAUGGUGGUAUUUGACAGGGGUCAGAUGGUGUCAAUCAAUUUGGUAGCAAUGAGAGUAGCAGCAUGGGUGAUGUAGCUGGAGAUUUUAACCAGGAUGAUCCAUUGGAAGAAAA